AUGGUGGCGAAAGCAACGGGGCAACCCAAGAUUGAUUGUUUCAACUGCCGAGUGUUUCCAAUAGUGUCCACUACCAACUCCCAAAAUCAAUCCAUACAUUAUCGCCUGCCAAUUCACUUCAGAUCGGAGGGAUUCUGUUUGGGGAAAAUGGGGAAGGAGAAGAAAUCCGGUGGAUGUUUCGGGUGGUUUAUUGUGCUAAUUGUAGUGGGGGCUAUCGCGUUAGCAUUAGGGCUCACACUGAGGAACAAAUUUCACAAGGGUGACGGUGAUGCUCCUGUUCCUGGUCCUCCCGGAGCUGUUACGAAAAAGUACGGGGAUGCUCUCGAGGUUGCCCUACAGUUCUUCGAUAUCCAAAAAUCUGGGAAGUUGGAGAAUAACGAAAUAUCAUGGAGGGGGGAUUCAGCUCUACAAGACGGAAAAGACGCUGAUUUAGAUCUUUCUAAAGGAAUGUAUGACGCCGGAGAUCAUAUGAAGUUUCAAUUUCCGAUGGCUUACACAGCCACCGUUCUUUCAUGGGCAAUCCUCGAGUAUGGAGAUCAGAUGAAUGCAGCGGGUCAAUUAGAAUCCGCCAGAAACUCACUCAAAUGGCUCACCGACUACUUCAUCAAUGCUCACCCUGAACCUAAUGUUCUCUACGUUCAGGUCGGUGAUCCAGAUCUUGACCACAAAUGUUGGGAUCGACCUGAAGAUAUGACUGAAAAAAGGCCUGCGAUACAAAUAAACGCAUCUUCCCCAGGAUCAGACGUUGCAGCUGAAACUGCAGCAGCAAUGGCAGCUGCUUCACUGGUGUUUAAGUCUAACUCUGGUUAUUCAAGCUCGCUUCUUAAACAUGCUAAAGAGCUGUUUACUUUUGCGGAUCAAAAUAGAGGUCUUUAUAGUGAAAGCAUCCCUGAAGUUCAGACUUAUUACAAUUCAACCGGUUAUGGUGAUGAGCUUUUGUGGGCAGCUAGUUGGCUUUAUCAUGCAACAAAAGAUCACACGUAUCUUGAUUAUGUAACGGGAAGUAACGGUGAAAGUUAUGCUAAUUGGGGAAGUCCUACUUGGUUCAGUUGGGACGAUAAACGCCCCGGGACUCAGGUUCUUUUAUCGAGGGUAAGUUUCUUUGAUUCAAAAGUUGCUUCAAAUGCAAACCUCCAAAAGUACAAAAAAACUGCUGAGGCUGUAAUGUGUGGCCUCCUUCCAAAAUCCCCAACAGCAACAGAAAGCAGAACAAAAGGUGGCCUUUUAUGGAUCAGCCAAUGGAACGCUUUACAGCAUCCAGUAGCUUCUGCUUUUUUAGCAGUCAUUUACAGCGAUUACAUGCUCACAUCUAGCACUCAAAAAAUCCACUGUGAUUCCAACUCUUUCAGAGCAGCAGAUCUUAGAAAAUUUGCCAUGUCACAGGCGAACUAUGUGUUGGGAGACAAUCCAAUGAAGAUGAGUUAUUUAGUUGGAUAUGGUGACAAAUACUCACAAUUUGUGCACCAUAGAGGAGCUUCGAUACCUGUUGAUGCAACCACAAAUUGCUCUAAUGGUUGGCAAUGGCUGGAAUCGGAUACACCGAACCCUAAUGUUGCAACCGGAGCGCUUGUUGGAGGACCGUUUUUGAACGAGACAUUUGUGGAUUCGCGGAAUAAUUCUAUGCAGACUGAACCGAGUACUUAUAAUAGUGCGGUUAUUGUUGGGCUUUUAUCGGGUUUGGUUACAACUUCAUCGGUUGUUACAUCCUUCACGUAAUAAUGGUCUUGUUACACAUUAUUUUUAUUAUUUUUUUAAGCAUGAGUGCUGCUAUUGUAACUGUAAUGUUGUGUAAGGGGCUAGGUGAUUACACGUUAGAAUUAUAAAAGUUAUGUGGUGACUGGUGAGUGUAUAUAGUCCUAGUUACAUUGAUUGUUAUUUGUCAAUUGGUUUUGAGUUGAAAUUCUAAGCUCUAGUACGAUUUUUAUGUGAAACUAUAUUAUGUGUUGGAACUCAAAAAUGUGGUUGUGUGUAC